AUGGUAUACAUUGAUCCAUCAGCCCUUUCACUUGCGCCCACCGAUCGACCAUCAGAGUUUUCACAGGAUACGCUCGAGAAAGACGCGGCUGACUUGAAUGAAAAGUCCACCGCAAAUGAUGCUCCCUUUGCGAAUAUCAGCAUGGAUAAUGAAAUGAAAGCGAUUGCGCCAUCAACCUCCAAAAUUGUUACUCCAGAAAAAGAGGAAAUCAUUCGCCCAUUGCGGGAACUCGAUGAAGAGGACGAAAAGCAGCGGUUAAAGAUGCAGGUGUUGAUUUCAAACUUUUCUCAAGAGCAGCUCAACCGAUAUGAGGCUUACCGACGAUCAACGUUUCCAAAAAGUGCAAUUAGAAGGCUAAUUCAACAAUAUACGGGUGUAAGUCCCGGGCAACAGGUUGUGAUUGCGAUCGCUGGACUUGCAAAAGUUUUUGCCGGUGAGUUGAUAGAAGAAGCUCUCGAUUGUCAGAAAGCUGCUGAACAAACGUCCGAACCAUUAAAGCCACAUCAUCUCCGCCAAGCUUACUACAGUCUUGAUCGAAAAGGAAAGUUGUACCCGCCAAAGGGAAGCCGAAAGAAUCCCCUAUUU